GCAGGCUAGAGGAAGCGAUGGUAAUAGAUUCCCAUCCGUGGAGAAAACGGAUCAUUAGCUCUGAAACGAGGCAACCACUCGCUAAUAAUCCUUGCAAAGAGGUAAUUUUUCUCUGUUUUAUAUGAGAAAAUCUGCUUCGGCGCCUGUUUGACUGGGAUUAAGCUGGGAAGAUUGAACUGUAAUGACCUCCCAUUGCCAGAGAUCCCUCGAUGUAUAGAAAUCAUCAGUUCUGCUGUAUUUGAUUCAUCCGGGUGAGUCAAAAGAAUUCAAAUCUUAAUCACCCCUCACCUCUCUAUUAUCGGUUGGAUUGGGAAUGGUUAGCGAUGUGAGUAAAUCGAAUCCAAAACUAACAUUACUGCCUCUCAUAGCUCUGAUAUUCUAUGAAGUCUCUGGCGGUCCUUUUGGAGUAGAGGAUUCGAUUAGGGCUGGAGGUGGUCCUCUCUUGUCGCUGCUUGGUUUCUUGAUAUUCCCUCUAAUCUGGAGUAUCCCUGAAGCCCUGAUAACUGCCGAACUUGCCACAAGCUUCCCCGACAAUGGCGGAUAUGUUCUUUGGAUAUCAUCAGCUUUUGGACCUUUCUGGGGGUUUCAGGAAGGAUUCUGGAAAUGGUUUAGUGGGGUUAUGGAUAAUGCUCUUUACCCAGUUUUGUUCUUGGAUUACUUGAAGCAUUCAUUGCCAAUCUUUGACCAAAUGAUUGCAAGAAUCCCAGCUCUGUUAGGGAUUACGAUUUUGCUCACUUACUUGAAUUACCGUGGCCUUCACGUUGUUGGGUUCUCUGCUAUUUUGCUUGCAGUUUUCUCCCUUCUCCCAUUUCUGAUAAUGGCUAUUCUUGCCAUUCCCAGAAUUAGGCCAAGUCGUUGGCUUAUUGUAAAUUUCAAGGUGGUGGAUCUGAGAGGAUACUUUAAUAGUAUGUUUUGGAAUUUGAACUAUUGGGACAAGGCAAGUACACUUGCAGGGGAGAUUGACAAUCCCAGUAAAACAUUUCCAAAGGCACUUCUUGGAGCCGUAGUGCUAGUGGUCUCCUCAUAUUUGGUUCCUCUUCUUGCCGGAACAGGUGCUUUCAGAUCUGAGCCUAGUGAGUGGGCAGAUGGUUAUUUUGCUGAAGUUGGAAUGUCAAUAGGUGGCUUUUGGCUCAAAGUAUGGAUUCAAGUAGCUGCUGCCAUGUCUAACCUUGGCUUGUUUGAAGCAGAGAUGUCCUCUGAUGCUUUUCAACUUCUUGGGAUGAGCAAGAUGGGAUUUCUUCCAGCUGUAUUUGCUUCAAGGUCCAAGUAUGGUACUCCUACUAUCAGCAUUCUCUUUUCAGCCACUGGAGUUAUCUUCUUGUCAUGGAUGACAUUCCUCGAAAUUGUGGAGCUCCUCAAUUAUUUAUAUGCUUUUGGAAUGCUUCUUGAGUUCGCAGCUUUCAUAGCACUGCGGGUGAAGCAGCCAGAUCUUCAUAGACCAUAUAAAGUUCCUCUGCAAACAUUUGGGGCAGCCAUGAUGUGCCUGCCUUCUGCUCUUUUGCUUAUUCUUGUUAUGUGUUUGGCUACUUGGAGAACCUUCCUUGUAAGUGCAGCAAUAAUUGCCGUGGGAUUUAUCCUUCAACCUCUCUUGGUUCAAGCAAGAAGGAGAAAGUGGUUAGCAUUUGAAGCAGAACCAUCUUCCUUCCUUUCCAAUUGCUGUUUACAGUCUCAUUCAGUUUUGUCAGAGCUGGAUGACCCAGAAAUUAAGGAAGAAGAUUCUGUUGAGCUUCUUUCGACCUCAAAGAUUUCGAAUGCUGGAGAAGAAUUAUCUUUGAUGCAGAGUGCUUCACGAGAGAGCUACUAG